AUGCCCCCAGACGUCCAAAAGCGCCUCCCAGCCUGCGACACAUGCAAGCUCAGACGCGUCAAGUGUGAUCCCGUACCACCACCAGAGGCAUGUCCCCGUUGCAUCUCCAAAGGCAUCGUGUGCACAACGACCAAUGUCAAGCGGAAGAGACCUCAGGAUAGAUCCGGUAAACGCAUCCAAACGGCAAAGGCCGCCUUUGGCACCAUCCGACCUCUCUAUGAAGCGAAUCCGGCGCCCCUCGUUCGCGCUGAGACGUACCUGACGCAGCUAGAGCUCGCCAGCGAGCUUACUGGACACCUGCUCGAAAACCACCGCAUGCACCCUGACCUCACACCAGUCCACGCCAACCUCCCCAGCGACAACAUCGUCCCCGGAGCGACCCUCAUUCGGCAGUUCGACGCCGGCGGCCGCCGCAUCUCCACGCUGCCCAAGACGUCCCAGGCCCUCGCGCUCUGCAUCCUCACCCUGACCGCGCGCAUCUCGUCCCACCCGCUCCUCUUCGGCCCCACGUCGCCCCCUCCGCGGCUCGCCACGAUCCUCUUCGACUCGGCCGUGGACAUCCGCUCCGUGCCGGAGUGGGGCCGGCGCCGCGAGAACGCGUGUGAGCGGCUGAGGGAGAUGGCGGUGGAGAGCGCGUGGCACGCGAAGCUGCUCGGGGCAGACGGAGGGGCGGGCAGCGGGAUCGCGGGCGUAAGCGACGAAGGGAUGGCUGCGUGCUUGUUGCUGGAGGCUAUUGAGGAUCGUUAUGAACAGGGCAGAGGCCAGGUCUGGGGUGCCGCGUUCGUCGCGCUGCUUAGAAGGAAGCUGGACGCGAAGCGCAGGGCUGAGUGGGCCAGGUUGUCUCGUGCAACGAUAAACGAAAUCGACGACGAAUCAGCCGUACCGUCAUCCUCACCCUCGGCGGCACUGCCAGAAAAAGCACAACAUGCUCCGCGUAUUCCCGGUCUAGCCUGGUCUCUGCAACUUAUGCGAGAGGCACUCUCGUCUGCUGCACGAGGCCAGCUGUGUUCCUACACCCUUCACGAUGAAGAGAUGGUCGCCGGAUUGCGGCCCGUGAGCCCCGAGAAAGUCCUCGAACACCCAGACUCCUUUGGCGUCGCCGAGUCGCAUCCGCCUCGGGAUUUCUACGAGGGUGAGGAGUCGAGGGCGGAAUGGUGGGAUUUUGACAGCUACUAUGCUCUCGGUCGACCGUACACGUAUCGGAUGAUGGAGAUCGCGCUAGGAAGCUACGAGUGGACGCUGCGCCGCACUCACCGCGUCCCGUUCAGCGUCCCCCACCUCAAAGCCCACCUCGCCUCCAUCGCGCCCCUCCAGGAGCUUACACACGUCGCCGCGCGCCGCCUCAAACUGCUCCUCUCCCCCGCAGCCGUCGACGUCCGCCACCGCACAGGGCGCGGCGCGGCGUUCCGCGCUGCGACGGGCGAAGAGCCCGGCGAGCUCAUGCGCACCUUCCACCGCGGACACCCAGGCGUUCACCCGGACCCAGGCUCGGAUUCGCAGCAGAAGCGCACGGGCGCAGCCGACGGGGAUGACGGGGACGACGGCGGAAUGGCGAUGCAAGGCGCCGACGGCGCACCCGGCGUGCACUCCCCGCGCGACGAGCUGCGCGCGCAGGAGAUGGCGCGCACGCUGCAGCUGCUCAUGCGCGGGUGUCUCGCCGCGAGCCUCUUCCCCGUGUACAACGACGUGCGCGAGCGGCUGCGCGCGCUCGGGGCGGGCGGCGGGUGUCCCGGCGACGAGCGGGUGGUGCUGGAGGGGGUGAUGCGCGCGCUGACGGGUGCGCUGGUGCCGGAUGCGCGGGCGAUGCUGCGCGGGGUGAGGGCGGUGGUGAGGCUUGCGUGGGUGACGAAUGUGGGGAGGUCGAUGAGGGAGUCGUUGGGGUCGUCUUCGACGGCGACAUCAACGGCGGCGGGGGUGUCGUCUGCUGCGCGUUCCCCGGCUGCUCGGGCUGGGAUGAGCACACCAGAAACGGACUCGGCGACCCCUCCGCCGCCGCACGCUGGAGACUCGGAGCCACCACCUGGGCUGGCGAGCGUCCCCCUGCACUGCGGCCUGCUCUACCCGUCCUCGUUCGCGUGGGAGGGCAAGAUCGUCUCGCUGCUCCGGCUGUGCAUCUCGCCGCACCUCUUCGCGCGCGCGAGCUGGAACGAGCCGUUCUCGAUCUGGGCGCGGGUGCUGCUGGACGCGCCGCCAACGGAAGAUGGUGGGAGCGGGGGGUUUACGAGGGACGAGAAGAUUGCUGAGCUCGAGUGCUUGCUCGACACCGCCAGAGUGAUGGCGUGGUCCUACCCCACCCUCGACGAGGACCUCAUCCGCGCCACAGAAGAUACGGUUGAGACCCUGAAAGCCGAACAGCACGCGGCGGCCCACCCCGCUGCCUCUACAAUCCGCCUCGAGUCGUCCCCGUCACCACCGCGCGGUCGACGUGCGUCUCCAGAUAGAGACCACACGCUUCUGCGGGGCGUGCCGACGUCGGGCGCCUCCGUGCCCACCGUGAAGGAGGCGCUCGAGGGUGUCCCGCACGAGCGCAUCUCGGACCUUCGGCAUGCAAGGGGCUGUCAGCGCGCGCGGAGACGACCUCGUUGGGAGUCUCGCUGCUGA